AUGAAAUUCCUAGUUGUCCUACUAGUACUACUAGUACCAAUUCAUGCUGAAGACAAGACCCAAACCACAAUUGACAGCCUGAAAGAGCUUUUACCGGUCGAAAUUGCCGAGAAAGUGGGAAAACUGAGCGGUGAGGACAUCCGCGCGGCCAAGAAAAUCUUCCAGAAAAUACCGAAAAAAGAAGAUUUGGUAAAGACAUUGAGUGAGGAGAGCCCAGCCCUAAAAGAUCUGAUUGAAGCUGUGGUGAAGAAGCUACAGGAGAAACAAGAAGCCAUCAGUAAUGCGUUGACUCCAGAGACCAAGAAGUUCUUGGUUAAGGUAAGAGUAUACAGAAAAAUUGAAAGAACUUUCUUUACAAAACAAAAAGUGGCAAGGACUUUCUUUACAAAGCCUAAAAUGGCAAGAACUUUAUUUACAAAACAAAAAGAAGCAGAUACUUUCUUUCCAAUACAUGAUUAAAACUUUCAUAAAGACAUAUAUCUAAUCGUCAACGUAUUUUACAAUUUCAGGCUAGGACAGUCGUUGAAAAAACGUUUGAAAAACUGUCCGAACUGUACAAAGAAGAAGGUGAAAAAGUGAAGGACGAUAUUCGUGAAAACUUUCCUAAACUCAUGCUUCUUUUGGAACGUAAGUUAUAUUAUCUUACAGUAGGUAAAAGUUCUUUAUUGUUGAAGCCUAAAAAAUGUAAAACUAGAGCUUAAUCUGAGGUUUAGGCUAGGGCAAGAAUUGAAGCCAAAAAGUAGGCUAAGGCGUAGGCUAAAGGUUGGGUUUUAACAACGACUUGGUCUUAGACUAACUCUUGCAUUAAAACUUAAGCUAGAACGAGGGCUAGACUUCUGGGCUCGGGUUAGAGCUACAGAUAUGGGCUAGGGCCUUGGACUAAAGCUCUGUGCUAGGGCUCUAGGCUUUUGGCUUGGGCUAGGGUUCUGGUCUAGGGCUCUAGGCUUGGGACUUGGACUUGGGCUUGGGCUUGGGCUUGGGCUUGGGCUUGGGCUUGGGCUUGGGCUUGGGCUUAGGCUAGGGCUUAGGCUAGGGCUUAGGCUAGGGCUUAAGCUAGGGUUUAGGCUAGGGUUUAGGCUAGGGUUUUGGGCUAGGGCUCUGGUCUAGGGCUCUGGGCUAAGGCUGAGGUUAGAGCUAAAGCUAAGGCUAGGUCUAAAGCAAAAGACUAGGGCUAUUUUUUCUCUCUAUACCCUACCCUCCUCACCAAAUCGACUAGGGCUAUUCUUUCUCUCUAUACCCCACCCUCCUCACCAACCCGUCCGUCUAUUCACCCUAACCAUCACUUCCAUUUCAGACCCUCAAGUUCAAGCCGAUGUUAUGGCCUUGUGUGGUCGUGGUGGUUACGGUGGUUAUGGUGGCUAUGGGUAUGGUGCUCCACCUCCAUACGCUGCUUAUGGUGCUGGCGGCGGGUAUGGCGGAGGAUUUGGUGGUGCUCCAGGUUAUGGUGCCUAUGGGGCACCACCAGCAGCACCAUAUGGUGGACUGUAUGCUCAACCUCCAUUGGGCGCUGGUCUUGGCGCUGGACUGUUGGGAUUGCUGGGAUAA